CCCAAACAAAAAUGGCUCGCACCAAGCAGACCGCUCGCAAGUCCACCGGCGGAAAGGCGCCGCGUAAGCAGCUAGCUACCAAGGCAGCCAGGAAGACGCCUGCCACUGGAGGUGUCAAGAAGCCCCACCGGUAUCGCCCCGGCACCGUUGCGCUUCGAGAGAUCCGAAAAUACCAGAAGAGCACUGAGCUGCUCAUCCGUAAGCUACCCUUCCAGCGUUUGGUGCGUGAGAUUGCCCAAGAUUUCAAGACCGACCUGCGCUUCCAGAGCCAGGCCGUGCUGGCGCUGCAGGAGGCUGCUGAGGCCUACCUGGUGGGCCUGUUCGAGGACACCAACCUGUGCGCCAUCCACGCCAAGCGUGUGACCAUCAUGCCCAAGGACAUCCAGCUGGCCCGCCGCAUCCGUGGCGAGCGCGCAUAGACGUCGUUGGCAGCCCCUAACAACAAAAAAUCGGUGUUUCUUAACACCACCUCUUGCACGGACUUUUGUGCCUUUGGCUUGUCAUCUCCUAGCAGGCAAACUUUCGAGCAGUAGACCUACGCACGCAUGGCUCUGCUGUGUUUGGUUUGAAUUGAAUGCAACCAGCGUCAGCUGUGUGCUCCUCCCAAGCUGCUGCACCUAUCAGUUGGCAUGCAACACCAGGCAGGCAGCAUUGUAGGUCGGAGUCGGCGGGUGCUAGGAUGGCGGGUGCUAGGUCGGUGAUGCUAGGUCGGCGGGU